CUGUUUUCUGUAUCACAUUCAUAAAUCAUAAUGGAAAGAAGGAGAGGAUAGGAUGCCUGAAGUGAUCGCAAGUAACUGUAGCAAAAAAUGUAAUUAGCUAGCUAGUCGUGUGGAAGAAAUUGUAUCUGAUGAUGUACUUGGAUAAGGACAAGGACAGGUGGUUUCCCCUCUUCGACUUUUGUGUGGUUGGUCGCUGUGUGUGUCCAAGAAGCAGGCGCAGGCCAUGGCCAUGGGGGCUUCUGCUUCUGAUGUGAAAGCGCUGUUGCAGGUGAGCAGCGAGGAUGGCGCGCUGGUGGACGAGCUAGAACGCCGAGCCGCAGCCGCGCGGCGGGCGCUCCAGGCGGCGGCGGAGCCCAGCCCCAGCUUCUUCGAGGGGUUCGCGCUGCAGGGGAUCCGCGUCGACAGCAUCCACCCGGGCCGCAUCCUCUGCUCCUUCACCGUGCCCACCCGCCUCACCGCCGGCGGGAACCACCUGGCCGCCGGCGCCGUGGUGGCCCUGGUGGACGAGAUCGGCUCCGCCGCCGCCGUGGCCGACGGCCAACACCUCAAGGUCUCCGUGGACAUGUCCGUCUCCUUCGUUGACCUCGCCGCCGCCGCGCCCGGCGACACCCUCCGUAUCUCCGCCAGGGCGCUGGGCCACAAGGGCGCCUACUCCGGCACGCACGUCCUCGUCGCCAACGCCGCCACGGGCAAGGUCGUCGCCGAGGGGAGGCACUCGCUCUUCGGCAAGAUGAAGAUCAGAAGCAACAUCUGAACCAAUCCAACCCAACCCAACCCAAUCCUAUCCAAUCCAUCCUCGCUGCACUUCUGUGUUUACUACUACUUGGAUGUGCUGUGAGUGCUCUGUAUGUUCAGCUGCUGCUGCUACUCUUAUAACUAGAGUAAAUAAUUUAUUUAUGAGUUUUAUGAUCUUACUAGU